AUGUAUUUUCCUUUUUAUGGAGGUCUUUACAACUAUACAACUUUGUCAGUAAAUGGAUAUAUGGCUUUUGCUACUGUGCUUGACCAAGGCCCCACAAUUAAUGUCGGUCCCGAAGCUACAGAUUGGCCUAGACAACAAGAUCCAGCAAUGAUUGGCCCUUAUUUAUGCAAACAACAGAUACCCCAAGAUAGCAAUGUAGCUUUAAGAUCGGGUGUUUAUUAUCGUUUAAUUAUGAGACAAUCAAUGUUUGGUAGAGGUUCUGGAAUGAAUGUUGGAGGGCCAGAUGUUGGGGGAACAAUGCCGGAAAGUAGUUUCUUUGGUUUUCGUUUUCAAAAAUGUCCGGCGGCUGCUGACAAUUAUGUAAGGUGUGACGCUGCUGGAGAUUAUUUUCUUGAUCAAAUGAUGCGUUGGUUACAGGAAGGAGUAGCAGGGGCAACAGCAUUUCGUGCAGAUGCUGCUUUAGUUGUUACCUGGUAUAACACAGCCUCUGCAAUUUCUGGAAGAGCAGAUAUUGAUGGGGGGCAAUUAGCUACCUAUCAAGUUGUUUGGUUAACUGACCAAGCUGGGAGACUUAGUUAUGUUAUUUUAAAUUAUGACAAACUUGGAUUUGAUGCUGCUGAUAUUCGAAUGAAUUCUAGAAGUGGAAGGUGUCAGGCACUUUUCAAUGGAGGGAAUCACACAGGCUUUGUGCUUGUAGACCCAACACAAAAUUACAAAAACACCCCAAAAGUCCUAGCUCAGCGUUCUGGUGUUCCUCACAUGGUUCGCGGCCGUUAUAUGUUCAGAGUUGAUGAUGUUGUUAGGCCUGGAGGGUGUUCAAAUAAAACUGGGGGAACUUGUAAGUUUUUUGAUUUGAAGAAAAAAAAAUUUUAA